AUGGAUCGAUAUGUUACUGGGUGUUCUUGCUCAACUUCGUCCAAUUUUGUUAUUGCCGAUAAUACAAGUGCAAGAGGUUAUUAUUCAUGGGCAAGCUCAUAUACGAUAGCUGAUAAUUUCUUUCAAUCUGCUGUUGGUGCCAGUUCUGAAAACGAUAUGUAUUUUGCGACAGGUAAAUUCUUAUUUUUGGACAAUAGUGUAGUUUCACAAAAUCCUAAUCUGAAUGGCGCAUGUUGUUAUAAAGCCAAUUUCAAAAGUUAUUAUAGUACAACGAUCGCAGAUUUAUUGAACUACUGUAGUAUCCAUUGGACAUUCUAUGCUGAAGGGUAUGAUCAAAAUCCAAACAGUACUCAAUGCUAUCCAAAUUAUUACGAUGCAGCUGACAAUCCAUUUACGUAUUUUCCAAGUUUGAUAAAUUCUUCAGAACGUUAUUCCCAAAAUUUCAGAGAUUAUACCAAUUUGUAUUCUGAUAUUAGAGCUGGAAAACUUCUAGCUGUUAGUUAUGUCAAAGGAUUAGGUAUUCAUAGUGAACAUCCCAAUUAUAGUACACUAACAGCCGGUGAAAUAAUCUCACAAGAUGUCAUUAAUGCUAUAACAGCAUCGAAUACAUACAGAAAAAAUACUGUUAUAUUUUUGCUUCCAGAUGAAAGUGGUGGCUUCUAUGAUCAUGUAUCUCCACCACCAUGA